GCCUGACGAGACACUCUCGCGAGUCUCUUCUCUCGGAGGUCGCGCCUCGACACGCGCCUCGACACGCGCCUCGACACCCCCCUCGACACUCCUAUCCCUAUUUUUCUCUUUUCCUAAUAUUUACGAAAAGAAUAGAAACUCGAUAGUGCGCGAUCUAUCGAUCGUUCCUCGAAUGUUGUUAGAAUAUCUCUUCGUUGUUCUCUUCGAUAUCAGUGUGGAUCGAGUGUUCGCGAAAGAAGAAUCAAGAUCGAGCGAUCUUCGAAUCGUCCCUCUCGACUUAAAAAAGGAUCGACUUGGUGGACCAUGCGGCGGAUCGUUAGGGGAUCGUAACCAGAUACGAGCUAGAGAGCAGGAGGAAGAUGCUGUGCCUUAAGAAACGAAGAACUUAUAGCUUCACGCAGGGUGCCUGCGUGGAUCUUCCUCGACGCUCGAAGAAGGACGCCGCUCGUUACGAGGGGUCCUUGAACAUGGCUAUUACGACACUGCCACGCAAGAACAGGAGCAGGGAGGAGAGGCCUUCCGGAAUGGUUCUUACCGUGACCGAGGACACUCCGGCGGACAUGCUGGCUGGAAGCAUGGAACUGUUGGUCCAGCUUCCGCGCGAGCAUCGCCUUAACGCGCAAAGAGUCACCGUGCAGAGGAGUACUCCGAUGAUGGACCUUCUCGUUCAAAUUGCAACGGCCCACAAAUUGGCAGCUUCGAGUUACACCUUGCAAGCGAUCGGCGAGCGUGGAUCGAUUUUACCUCAUCAACCGAACACACCGAUAGGAGCGCUCGAUGCUCUUCAGGUGAAAUUACUUCCCAAGCAGUGUACGUUCGUCCCGAAGAAGUCGAAGCCUGCGAAUCAACCUUUCGAAACAACGUUCAGAUUGCAGGUACAUUUACCGAGGAAUCAAUUGUACGUUUCGAGAGUCAGCCCGAAAAUGAAUCUAGGAGAAAUUCUGAACGAAGUGUGCCGUGAGAAGAAUCUGGACAAACACAAGUACGAGCUACGUCAUCCGGUGAACUUGGAAGAGAUCCUGGAUCUAUCCCUGUCCCUUCAAGACUAUCAUCUGCAGGAAGUGACGCUUUACGCGAAACAAGGUAGAACGUUGGGCUCCGCUUUGAGCUCCCAGGACAUAAUGGCUCUGCAAAGGCAAGAGGAGAGACGUAGGCAACAAGCGAAGCAGAGCGUCUUUGGAUUCAUGUUUAAGAAGUCGAAGGAGAGCUCGGUGAGCACCGACAGCCUGGAAGGUCGGAGCGUGUCACCGGCGAGGAGCGACGAAACCGGAAGAAGCGCCAGUCCUCUUCAACCGCCUACGAGACCUCAGAGAAAGAGGAGACUCGCGCCGAAACCGCCUACCUCCUACGAUCGGGAACAACAGCGGGCUACUACGACCACCGGUACGAUAGCGACCACGGCGAGGGGGGCGGCGGGGGCGGCGGCGGCGGCGGCGGGAAAGACAAACGGGGAAUCGUCGAAGGAGAAAAUGCUCAUCGGUCACAGUCGAAACAGCAGCGAUAGUUCGGGAUAUCACGAGGCUUCCGUGCUCAGUGACAAUCCGGAUUCGGCCGGACGACUACCAGAGACUCUGCCGAGGAGAAACAGAACGCCUGGUACCAACGAGACCCCGAGAAAACUCGUUCAUACCUCGCAGUCCAGUAAGAGUCUCGGUAAUCUCGCCGUAACCGCGUCCGGUACGUCUCUCGAUCGAGCCCUCAGCAGCUCCUCCCUCAGUUCCACCGAUUCGAAUUCAAGUUUGAAGAAGAAACGUGCCGCUCCGCCUCCACCGGUUUCAAGGCCGCUCUCCUCGGCCAUCUCGACUCAAGCUUUGGAACGUAUCGACGAUUCCGAAGAGUCCUUGACUUCCGACAUGGAUCCUUCGAAGCCACCGUCCGACAUCGGGGCACCCUCGAAGGCCUCCUCGGACAUCGGCGUGAGCACGAUCGUUCUUGACAAGGCCGAUCGCCCGGAGAAGACGAAGAAGGAGAAGGACUCGAUUCGAGCGUCGGACGUUAACGUAGUAGAGGAUCCUCCGAAAGUAGAGAACGCUAGAGUAGAAGUAAAAAGAGAAAAGGCAUCGUCCGAAGAAUUAGCGCCCUUGCCCAAGCCUCGCAAAGUCGUACGACCGAAAGAGGAGAAAUCGCCACCUGUAGCUCCGCCAGUACCAAAGCGUAGAUUAGUGCCAGUAGUAGCGAUAUCUAGGUCGCCGAGGAAGGAUCCUCUAGGUCCUUCGUCGAACGCGAACGCAACGAAGACGAAUGCGGAAGAUGCCGUUCGCUGUUCCUUUUCCUCUUCUUCCUCCGGUGGCAUCGAGUUCGAGGCACGAGACGCGGAACUCUCGGAGAUGGAUGGCAGCUCGAACCUCUUGACGAAACACGCCAAGAGUAUGAACGACAUAUACAACGUCGAUUCGAGCCUAUACAAAUCCUGUACCGUGAUAUCGACGAUACCAAAGUGCGAUCGCUUCGAGAUCUCGAGAAACUCGAGAUCGUCCAGUUGCGGCAGACUCGCCGAGGAUCGAGUCAAGGAUCGUCGCGAGAGAAGCGAGGAGAGGACGUCCCGCGUCAAGGACGAUUAUUACGAAGGAGAUCUCGACGACGUCUCGGGGACGAAGGACGACGAGAUACGGGAGGAUAGCUCGAAGGGCUCGAAAAGAUCGAAGGUCUAUCGCAGUCCGUCCGAAUCGAACGACUUUCAAAUCGAUUCGUUCAACAAACGAAAGAGACAUUUAACGUCCCAAUCGAAGGAUAUCGCGUUCGCUUUAAAUCUGAACCUGACGUUCGAGUCCAAAAAAGAGUCGGACGUUGAGAAGGAAAGCGGGCGGAUGGAAAGGGCUAACGCAGUAGACGGGAUAUCAGACGUCGAGAGGAAGGUACGCGACACGGACGCUCUGCUGCACAAAGUGUCGGAAACUUUAUCGUCGUCGUCGUUGGCGUCGUCGUUGGCGUCGUCGAACGAAGAGACCGAAAACGCUGAUCCCGCGGUGAAAAGAUCCUACGGUGAAAGUCGUCGCGCGGAGACGGAGGCGGAGGAGGAGGAGGAGGAGGAGGAGGAGCCCCCGGGGCUAGAUGGCGAAGAGAGGAAAAAUCAACAGGACACCUCGGACUACGUGUCCGCUCUCGAGGAAGACUCGUCCGUGGCCGAUUGGGAAUAUCGAUUGCCGGCGCCACCGAGUGCCUUCCGAGAUACCGAUUCGUCGCUUUUCGAUGGCUACGACACGAUAACCUUGAGAUCGGUCGAGGCCUUCAAGGAAUCGCUCGACGUUGAAAAUCGAGACGACGGGAGAAACGACGAGUCCUUCGGCUUCCGUCGAAUCGAUGAAGGUAGUAAAAGCAAGAGAAUGGAAUCGCGCAAGACCGAAACCGAGGUGAAGUUCAAAAAGGAGGUGAUAUCGGAGCUCGAAACCAAGAUAGAAAGAGGAACGUUGGCCCGAUCGCAAAGGGAGCCAGACUCGAGGAAAGUUUUUAGCGGUACGUCGACGUUAACGUCCAACUUCGCGCCGGUCGAUAACACGCUGUCGAAUUUCACGAUCACCACGUAUACCCGUCAAAAGAGUAUAGAUAUAUUCAAGGAGAACGAGGACAAAAGUUCCCUCGGGGACGAGCCUAGUCGGAACAAGAAAACAGAGCCAAAGAUUUCCAACGACGUCGUCGAGUCCACGCGAGUCUGGCAAUCCGCGAACGCCAAAGCCGGUAUCGUUAAACGAUCCAAGAGUCACGCCUCCGCGAUGAGCAAGCCCGUCAAGUCGAACAAGAACGAAGCGGAAGGUCCUAGGGUCGACGCGAGCGAACGUUCGGCCAACGUAGGAUCGGACGUCGCCGUCGAGGAUACCGCGGCGCCGCGAGACCGAGUCAACGACGGGUUUGCCACCCGGUGGAGAGACAACGUCUCGAGGAACCGACAAGAGGAACCUACCAAGGGCAGGGAGUUGCGAUCGUUGCAGGUGUUGAAAAGCAUUUUACCGCAGUUGACGAGCUCGCAACCAGCGGAAGAAAAUGCAUCGAAGGAACGGAACGCGGUAACGCGAGAAAAAGCAAAGACGAGGUUCGUGGGAGCGUCCGAUCAAGAUUCCGUAACGCCGAGCGUGCUUUCGUCGCGCGGCGAAUGUCACGCAACGGCGCGACGAGAGAACAAAGAGGAUUCGAUGCAAAGGGAAACGAGCGCGAAACGUCGUUACGCUUACAACGGUCCGCCAGCGAUCAGUUUGGGUAGCUGGGCCGAGAGGCCUAGCUUCAAGGUUCAAAUUAAAACCGACACCGAUUACAAGUUUCAAAGGGACAGGUCGGCCGACGGCGCGACGACGAGCCCUUCGAGCGCGAAUAAUUCGAAGGAUAGGUACGAUAAGCGCGACGCGGACGAUCUCGCGAGCAAGUUGGUCGUCGACAAGGCCGUUUCCGCGUUCAAGAGGGCAACGUUCGACAAAACGAUCGCUCCGGAGUCGAAAAGCGAGGAGAGACCUGUCGUGACCAGCUUCGAGUUGAAGAAGACCGUCGUAAGGGAGAAGGAAGAUACCGUUAAGAGCUCGACGAGAGACGAGAAGAAAGACGACGAGAACUUGAUCGACACGACACCGUUGAAUUUUCAAGAAUUAACGAAGGCCUUUCGUACGGACAUCGAGCAUAGGACAAAACCGCAACGAUCUAACGCGACGAACGGACGUUCCGACUGUUACGGUUCCCAGCACGAAUUCGUUCGUAAGACGUUAGAUCCGAAGAAGCAGAACGGCCAGCCGACGCCCGACGAGUUCUCUUUCAAAAGGAACCUCUUCCAAAAGGACAACGCGUCGGUCAACGGAAAUCGCAAUGCCAAUCCGAACUCCGAAGGACACCAAUUCGGCUCGAUCGUGGGAAUAAAUUCGCUCGAUCGUCGUCAUCGGGAUCAGAUCGGCCAAAGGAGCGACAACGUAUCGUUCAGGAACAACGCGAACGGCACCAAGGCCCACCCUAUGACCGGGCCCGUCGUAAAAGGAUUCAAAGUAUCGACGACGCCCUUCAAACAAUCGAAAGGUAUCAACGUCGACAAAGUCGAUCGGAAUAAGGAGGUCGUCGAGGCCCUGCCUCCCAAAGCUCCGACGAUGCCCGUGAUAAUGGGCGUCACUCUGAAAAGUGCUAACGCGAGACCAAAGUCAAUGCCGAUAAGCGUAGAUUCCAGAGAUAUGCUGUUGGAGUCCAUUAGGAAUUUCGGAGGUCGCGGAAAAUUAAAAAACACUGCAGAGAGGUAUUGAAAAUAAAUCGACGGUCGUAACGGUAAGGCGCCAAGAGUUCGUCGAAAAUUAACUACGAACGUUUCUUCCUUUUCCAUUCUCUCCUCUUAUCUUAUCUUAUCUCGUCCUACCCUACGUACUCGUAUAAACGUACUCGUAGUCGCAAUCUUCGCAGUUAUUUAACUAAAUUUAAUCAAAGCGACGUUAAGAGACUCCUGAAUAUCACGAAUCAGAGUAUGUACAUAGCCUCGUAUAUCGCGUUCGUCUCGCGUGGAAUCGAGAUCGCCUGGAUCGAAUGAUCGAACGAGUACGUUUCUUCGUUAAAUUACCUAUUAAUUACGUCGGUGCUUCUCUCGAUGCUCUAAUUACGCGCAGCGAUGCAGAUACGUGGAAUCGGAUGAUGCUUCGUGAGAGAGAGAGAGAGAAAGAUGUACUAGCUCUUUUGACGCGGACGCGAAGCGAAUCGACCACGUCGAGUUAAUGAUCGUGCGAAACAAAGAUUUUCUUUUCUUUUUCAUUCGUUUGAAAGAUCGUGCCAUUUGUGAUUCCUUUUCGAAAAAAUUGAUUGUCCGUUAUUAUUUCCUUUACUUUUUCGACGGUCGACUCGUUCUCUCUUUCCUUUCAAUAAAAUUCCAUCAAAGUCGUUCCACGUUAGCUAUGUGUAAAUACGUUGUACAAAAAUCCUGACGACACUGGUAUGUCGUCAAAAAUGAUCGAGCAUGUAUAUAUCCACCGCUGAAUGCGCAAACUAUCGAUCGUGUCGGAUCGAAAUUGAGUACGUUCAUUCGUAAGAAACGGAAUCAACGCUUCUUGCUCCAUCGAAGAAGCGAUCUAAAGUCGAUAACGAUCGGUCGCUCGUUAUCGAUCGUUAUGAAAAUAAUGAAAGAGUGAAACAAAAAAAAAAAAAGAAAGAAGGUUUGUCAAGUUUUUAACAAGUUAUAAGGUCAUUCGGUUCUAGCUUUGGUCAAGUCAUACGCGUAACAACACCAAAGCCGAUUAUUUAUGGCUGAAUGACGUUAAAUACUAAUAGCAACUUUUUGUGUUGGCUAACGUUAAUUAUUCUAAACUUUGCAUAUAACUUUAAGUUUCUAUAAACGGGACCAAAGGUAACAUUUCUUCUUCUUCUACGUUAUUACGACAACGAAUUUAGACGUAUAGAAUGUUAUUUAAACGAAUACGAAGUAGUCUUUGAAGAAGUCUGGUCAGUCGAUUUAUGACAAUAGCGCUUAGACGCAACCGAUACGUUGUACGUUUAAAAAAGAAAAGCUUUGCAAAUUUUCCUUUAUAACAAUGGCGAAAGAAUUAUAUUUUUAUUUUAAACGUGCUGCUAAAGAUAAAACUCUGUAGUAUGAUGUAUACCUAACACAUUUUCGAUACAGAAUAUAUACGUUUCUGUUAUUAA